AACAUUUAUUUUGAGAGAGAGAGAAGCCUUCUUUCUUCUUUUUCCCCUUUUCUUAGAUUAAUUAACUUCAGUAAUCUUUUACUACAUACUAAUCUAGCCUUAAUAUAAUACUUUUUGAUGCUUUAUUGGAAAAAAUAUACUCCAUAAAAAUAACUCUCUCUUUCAUUUUGCUUUUCCUUGUACUUAAUUUUGUCCUAAAUAAUCAAUAUAAAUUAGGCUACUAUGUUCUUUUUUCUGAAUGUGUUGCUGUCCAUUAAAAGGAGGUUCAAUAUGCAUCUAUAUAUUUUGUUGAAAAUACAUUAUUAAUUCUAAAGUAUUACUAGAAAAUAGUUGACUAUAUUAUACAUUCUCUGCAAAUUUAUCAUUAUACAUUUAUACUUGCGAGUGUUUACGUUCUUUCAAAAUAAUCUCAUAAAUUAGAAUAGCCACCAAUAAAAUUUCUGUCUCCACAGUUUUUAAUAAAACUCGUAUCCCAUGCACUUCCGCUCCAUGCUAACAAAAAUGGAGCUCAACUUCUCCUCCUUCCUCCUCACUGCAACCUCACUCUUCAUCCUCGCUUCCGCCGCCAACGACACCGCCGUCCUCUCCCUCUUCCGCUCUCAGACGGAUCUCCACGGUGCGCUCCUCUCCAACUGGACCUCCACCUCCAGCGCCUGCUCCGCCAAGUGGCUCGGCAUCAACUGCACCAACAACCGCGUCACCGCCGUCUCCCUGCCGUCCCUCAACCUCCGCGGCCCCAUCGACGCCCUCUCCUCCCUCGACCAGCUCCGCCUCCUCGACCUCCGCGGCAACCGCCUCAACGGCACGCUCGCAGCCCUCGCGCAAUGCACCAACCUCAAGCUCAUUUACCUCUCGGGAAACGACUUCUCCGGCGAGAUACCGCCGGAGCUUUCCUCCCUCCACCGCCUCCGCCGCCUCGACCUCUCCAACAACAACCUCCGCGGCCCCAUCCCCGCGCAAUUCGCCAACCUCUCGCGAUUGCUCACUCUCCACCUCCAAAACAACGAGCUCUCCGGCACAAUCCCUAAAUUCCUCGACUCAUUCCCUCAUAUCAAAGAAGUCAAUUUAUCAAACAACGAGCUCUACGGCGCCGUGCCGAAGAGCAUAAUUUCACGAUACGGCGAGGGCAGCUUCUCCGGCAACGAAGGUCUCUGCGGGAGCAGCCCUUUCCCCAAAUGCUCAUACACAGGCGGCGAUCAACAAUCGUCAACCAAUCAAACCGUGCCGUCUAACCCUAGCUCGCUACCGUCUUCGUCAACUGCCACAAUUGAAGAGCCAACAAGCAGCAAGCAUCACAAAAAGCUGAGCAACGGAGCGAUCGUAGCUAUAGUGGUGGCGAACUCUGUUUUAGUAUUGGUGAUGGCGUCGUUCGCGGUGGCCUACUGGUGCGGCGGGAAGCAGUCGAGGGAGACGACGAGCACGAGCGAGGGCGGGAAGAGGAGCAGCUACUCGAGUGAGAAGAGAGUGUACGCCAACAACGGCGGCGGCGACAGCGACGGCACGAACGCCACCGAUAAGAGCAAGCUGGUGUUCUUCGAGAGGAAGAAGCAGUUCGAGCUGGAGGAUCUGCUGCGAGCGUCGGCGGAGAUGCUGGGAAAAGGGAGCCUGGGUACUGUUUACAAGGCGGUGCUGGACGAUGGAUGCACAGUGGCUGUGAAAAGGCUUAAAGAUGCAAACCCCUGCGCUAGGAAGGAAUUCGAGCAGUAUAUGGAUGUGAUCGGGAAACUGAGGCAUGCUAAUGUAGUCAGAUUCAGAGCUUAUUAUUAUGCCAGAGAAGAGAAGCUGCUCGUUUAUGAUUACAUGCCUAAUGGCUGCCUCCACUCACUUCUACACGCGAACAGAGGAGCAGGGAGGGUUCCGUUGGACUGGACGACGCGAAUCGGGCUGAUACUCGGCGCUGCUCGAGGGCUAGAGAGGAUUCACCAAGAGUAUGCAGCUUCCAGAAUCCCUCACGGCAAUGUCAGAUCAUGCAACGUGCUGCUAGACAAGAACGGCAACGCCUGCAUCUCCGAUUUCGGGCUGUCGCUGCUCUUGAACCCUGCUCACGCUAUAGCCAGAUUGGGGGGCUACAAAGCGCCGGAGCAGAACGAGGUGAAGAGGCUCUCUCAAAAAGCUGAUGUUUACAGCUUCGGAGUGGUGGUGCUGGAGGUUCUGACCGGCAGGGAGCCCUCGCCGGAGGCGGUGGGCAUGGACCUGCCCGCGUGGGUGCAGUCGGUGGUGAGGGAUGAGUGGACGGCGGAGGUGUUUGAUCAGGAGCUGCUGAGGUACAAGAACAUAGAGGAGGAGAUGGUGUCGACGCUGCACGUGGGCAUGGCGUGCGUGGUGCCGCUGCCGGAGAAGAGGCCCACCAUGGCGCAGGUUGUUAAGAUGAUAGAGGAUAUAAGAGUUGAGGUGUCGCCGUUGGGGGAGGACUACGAUGACUCCCGCAACUCGCUCUCGCCCUCACUUCCAACAACUGAAGAUGCUUUCUGAUUUCACGCUACGCUUUAAUUUCUUGCACAUUUUUACCUUGUCAUGUUUUUCACUACCUUACGUUGUCUUGUAUUCUCUAUUUUCAUGCUCAUGUCUUGUAAUCUUAACAAAACCACUUCACUACUCGGAAGAAAAAGAAAAAAAAAAACCACUUCAAUUUUUGGAUCUAA